CUUCUUCCUCCUCACCCUACCCCAUAACACUUUUUUUUUAUUUAGCAAUAAAUCAGCUGCUGCCGUCUCCAUCUUUAAGUGGAUUCGUGUUGUAUCUGUCCAUUUCACCCAUUCUAGUUGAUCGAUCCAAAAUGUACCGCCAGUCGUUCGCACCACCCCCGGCGCAGUCACCUCCACUUCACCAUCCAGUGCCUCAGCAUGUGUCUACCGUGCCUAUGAUGCGUUCGCCCCCUCCGCCAGCUCCACAACAGCCUCAGAUGGCGGGUUAUGGCAAUCCGUACCAGCCAGCCCCGGCGCAGGGUGGAAGUGGGACGUACUCCGAGGACUUGGGGGGGUUUAUGAAUGAACCCACGGCGCAGAUGGGCUUUCAGAUGGGAAAGACGGCCAUGGCGGCUGGUCAGGAUUACAUGGAGCAGAACAUCAAUCGCUAUGUGUCGAUCCCCGCUCUCAAGCAUUACUUCAACGUCUCCAACUCCUACGUCCUCAACAAAUUGGGUCUGGUGCUCUUCCCCUGGCGGCACAAACCCUGGUCUCGCCAGCAAGCCCGCCUGACCACCGCUUCGACCGGACCCAAUGGCCAGAUCUCGCAGCAGCAGUACUCGUCCAUGUUCCUCCCGCCGCGCGAUGACCUCAACUCGCCCGACAUGUACAUCCCGGUGAUGGCGCUGGUGACCUACAUUCUGCUCUCUGCGAUGCUGGCCGGAUUCCGCGGCCACUUCCACCCGGAGCUUCUCGGUUCGAUCACCACGACGGCCAUUGCGGUGAUGGUGUUUGAGAUCCUCUGUCUGAAGCUGGCGAUGUACAUCCUCAGCAUCAACAACGAGUCACAGCUUAUGGACCUGGUGGCCUACUCGGGCUACAAGUUCGUCGGGAUCAUCGCGACGCUAGUGAUGUCCGAGGUGCUGACCCCGGGGCGGGGGACCAACAGCUGGGUUGGGUGGGUGGUGUUUAUCUACACAUUCUUAGCCAAUGCGUUCUUCCUGCUCCGUUCUCUGAAAUACGUCCUCCUCCCGGAUUCGACGAGCGACACGUCGAUGCGGACGGGCUCGAUGCACACGGUGGCGCGGUCGCAGCGCAACCGUCGCACGCAGUUCCUAUUUGUCUAUGCCUACGUGGUGCAGUUCGUGUUCAUGUGGGUGUUGAGUCGGGAAGGGCCGUCGACGCAGGGAGGUGGUAGCGGGGGAUCCUCGUAGGGGUUGAUAGCAUAUAAUGAUAUUAGACAGACCUCACGACAGGAUACGGCUGGGUCUUUAUUAUA